AUGCCCGGCUUGCUGGGCUCGAAGUUCGGACAUUUUUUGCAUCCCCAUUAUAUAGGCAAUUUGUUUUUGAGUGUCGUUUUUUUCAUUUUAAAGACUUGCGAACCGUUCUGCAGCGCCAUCUUUGAAGACUGCCAACUCGAAUUGAGAGAAUGGGAGCUGAUGACGUUCAUGGGUUGUGUCAUCGUCAUGAAGAAUAGGAAGACACCCUCCUACAGUUUAUACAUCCAGACAGUCUGUAUGUUUGCCAAGAUGUUGAGUUCUGUCUUAUUCCUUAGACAGAACCCUUUGUAUGGCGCCCUCUAUAUCAUUGCCUGUUUCUGUAUGUAUAACGAAUUAGAGAGAGACAGAAGGAUAGUGUGGUUGAUCGAGUUCUACACUGCAUGGGCACCGACGUGUGGUAACUUUGCACCACAAUUCGCUGAGCUAUCUGCCAAGUUCUCGUUGGAUAAUUUGAAGUUUGGCAAGAUGGAUGUCACCAGAUUUCCAGAUGUUGCUAAAAAAUUCAACAUAGACAUAUCAUCGUGGUCCAAGCAGCUACCGACAGUCAUCUUAUUUCAGCAAGGCAAAGAGUUUCGUAGGCGGCCAGCCAUUAAUUCCAAGGGAAAGCUACUGGCCAAAUUUGUCUUUUGCAAGGAGAAUAUAAUUCGUGAUUUUGAACUGUCUGCACUUUACCAACAAUGCAAGAGUAACCCACUACCUAUAAAUAAACGCAAAGAAAAAAGAGCCCAACAGGAAAAAGAUAAUGCUGAAAGCUCAUUGGGCGAUGUAGCUGAUGGCUCUCAGCCAAUCAGAGAAGAGGUGGAGAUUAUGGAUGGAACAGCCGCACGCAUGGAAUUCGGAGGAAGAAAAUCCAAAACUCCCUUCUCUUUGCAGGAAUUUGAAAAUGCACCAAUUCGAUUUCUACAGGAAUCUCUCGUUUCUCCAUCGGGUGCCGACCAGCAGAGUUCCUCUCAGUCGAGCAGUUUGGAUCCUUCUGAAGAUGUUCCGACAGUAGUUCAAAGUAAUGUUGAAAGUAAUAUUGUUGCUGGUGCUGCUGCUGCUUCUGUUGGUGGUGGAGUAGAGACUUUUGAUUUAGUAAAUGUUAAUGCUGAAAAAGAACAAAACAUCGACCCAGCUGCCGACAACUCACAAGUCAGGCAAGAACCAUGCACGUUCAACUGUUUGUAUUGCCUGAAAAAUAAUCGGCUAAGAAUUGAAGAAAAUAAUAUGAACGCAGUUAGCAGUGAAGAAAAACAAAAUCCCGAGUCUCUUUCAAAUGAAAAUGAACCAACGACGAAGACUCAGACAUUUGUAAAUAUUCCUGCAAUGAGCUUUUGUGAAAUAUGUGGCGCGGGCUGUCCAGAGAGGUUCUGCUUGGAUUGCGGGCAACAUAUCUGUGUUAAUUGUCUCGUUUGGCAUAACAAAUUCAAGGCAAACAUUUCGCAUAACGUUUGCGGGUUUUUUUUGAGUGAUCGCAACAAGUUUAACGUUGCCGAGAAUCCUGAUAUUAACAAGAAAAAUGUUAACAAAAAAUGUUCGGAGCACAAACUUUUGCAAUUGAACGUUUACUGCUUAAGUUGCGAUGUUUACGUCUGUGCCCAAUGUUACGUGGAUCAGCAUCGAGAUCAUAAAACUGUAUACAUCAGAAUCAAGCUUCAUGAAGAGAAACUAAAGUUGGAAUCGUUGAUUUCUUGGUUUAAAACCUCAAUAGCCGAACAUGUAAGAAAAUCUAAAGCUUUCAAGGAGAGUACAGUACUAGUAGACAAAGAAGAAGAAGAGGUCACAUUCCAAAUUAAAUCUAGGGCUAAUAAAGCGAAAAAUGAGAUCAGCAAAUACGUGGAAGGACUGCUAAUACAAGUUAACGAGUUUUACGCAGACUACAGGCAACAAAGAAUGCGUUUUAUGCACGAGUCUGAAGUUUCGCUGAGCACCAUGAUAUCAAAAUUAACUUUCCUGGAAAGCUGUCUCAGUGAUUUGGACCUGGGAACAGUUACAGAGAUACGUGAUGAUUCAGACUUGAUGAUUCACUCCUGGACUGCCUUCCAGUUGACGCAUGAAGGCGGCGGUAGUGGUGGCGGUAGAGUAAGUUCAUCAACAUUCAGUAACAAAAAUAAUGUUGCUUUGAAUCGAUGCCACACCUAUGAGAGCCCGCAAGACCUUCAUGAAGCCAUUCAUCAAUUGCUUGCGUACAUUGGCGAUAUACAGUUUUAAUUCUUGUCCUUAUUCAGUCCUUCAUCAUUCAUUCAUUCUUUUCAUACUUUUUAAUAACUAACUUAUCUACUCAUUCGUCUAUUUUAAAGUUUUGUGACGGAACUGAGAAGACUUGAUUUUAUGAACUUUUAUUGCAAAACAGAUUUUCUAUUUUAAUUCAUAUCUGUGAUAUUUUUGUGAUUUUAACUGCAAUAAAAUGAAGAUUUCAGAUACGCAAA